UCUAGCCUGCAGUCCCCCUCCGCGGCCUCAGCUGGGCUUUCCGAGCCCAGGUCGCGGCGUCCCGGAGAGUCAGCUGUUUUUCCCCUGGGCAUAGGAGGCGGAAGCCGAAAGGACGCAGGGAGGGGCUUCGCGCGCUGGGUGAACGCCCGUCCUACGUGCUCGUUCGCUUCGCGACCGCUGUGCGCGAGCCCGGUGUCCCCGCGGCGGGCAGCAGCGGCGGCGUCGGUGGAACUCGGAGGGGGCGGAGGGAGUCCGCGGCGGCGGCGGCUGCAGCAGCGAAAUGGCGGAGACCGUGGCGGACACCCGGCGGCUGAUCACCAAGCCCCAGAACCUUAAUGAUGCCUACGGGCCGCCCAGCAACUUCCUCGAGAUCGAUGUGAGCAACCCGCAGACGGUGGGGGUCGGCCGGGGCCGCUUCACCACCUACGAAAUCAGGGUCAAGACAAAUCUGCCUAUUUUCAAGCUGAAGGAAUCUACUGUUAGAAGAAGAUACAGUGACUUUGAGUGGCUGCGAAGUGAAUUAGAAAGAGAGAGCAAGGUUGUAGUUCCCCCGCUCCCUGGAAAAGCAUUUUUGCGUCAGCUUCCUUUCAGAGGAGAUGAUGGAAUAUUUGAUGAUAAUUUUAUUGAAGAAAGGAAGCAAGGGCUGGAGCAGUUUAUAAACAAGGUCGCUGGUCAUCCUCUGGCACAGAAUGAACGUUGUCUUCACAUGUUUUUACAGGACGAAAUUAUAGAUAAAAGCUAUACUCCAUCUAAAAUAAGACAUGCCUGAAAUUUGGUGAGAAGGGGCAAAAAAAAAAAAAAACCUCCUGUGACUAUUAAUGAUUCGUAUGCACCAGUGAAGAAGUUCUAUCUAACUUUUAGCAUGCUGCACAGAAACUGGUAUAACAUGCCUUCAGUAUACUAACAUUCAUAUGCUCAGUUUUGUUUUGUUUUGUUUUGGCAGUUGACAAGAAGUUAAUUUGCUUUAGUGAAAAUCCCUUGUUCCAGCCUUUCUCGCUCUUCCUUGCUGUUUUAAUGUGGUACACGCUAUAACCCCACAAACCUGUUACUCCAGUAUGAUCUGCAGUGUCCUAACUAAAGUUACUGACUUGGUCUUAUCU